UCCUGCAGGAAAGGAGCUGUUCAGUCCUUUCCUGGCAGGGUUUGAAGUCUUUGAAGAAGGUAAUUCAUUGCAGCUUUCCCUGUUCCCCCCUCCCACCCCAGCCCCUGUCUGGAGGAGAGCCUCUGUCAUCCCAGGAGACAAGACAGAGGGGUCACUUGUUCAGCUCCUCUUUCUGGCACCUCCUCUCUCCCUCUCUCCUGGCUCACACUCCUCCUCCCUGGAGUGUUUAAAAAGACACCUCGACCAAGAAGGCAGAAGGGGAGAGAAGCUGAGGGGGAGAGAAGCAGAAGAAAGCGAGGAAACGGAAGCGGUGUCCAAGAUGGAGCCGAAGAUCCUGAUGACGGUCCUCCUGCUGGGUUUGCUCCGCGGGGCCGAGGCUCUGCCGUCCGCUCGCCUGUCUUGCUACAGGAAGAUGUUGGCGGAUCACAACUGCCACAGCGUCCCCGCAGGCACAACCAGUCUGCGGCGGGUAGACGGCGGAAACCUGCAGGAUCACUUCUGGGAAGGCAAGGGCUGUGAGAUCAUCUGCUACUGUAACUUCAGGGAGUUACUCUGCUGCCCAAAGGACAUCUUCUUCGGGCCAAAGAUCUCUUUUGUGAUCCCUUGUAACGUUCAGUGAGGCUCAUCGCACGGCCGCCAGCCGGAAAACACACCGCCGCCAUCCCGAAGGUGCCAUCGGUUCCAAGAGAAAUGGCUUCUUUUAGGAUCAAGUGCGGCUCAUCACCGCUCAGAACAGGACAAAAAGCGCCUGAUUCCAUUGAAUUUUAUUCCUUUUGGAGGCUUAUGACAGGCUGGUAUAAAAAAAUAAUAAUAAUGGCAGGCUGGUAAAUGUUCUGGAUUUGUUGGCGAGGCUGUUUGCCACAGCCUGGUCAAUGACUCUUCCCUUUCACCGAUAGUUGAAACUCUGAUUAAGAGGAUUUUGGCAACAAGUCCACAUCUGCGUGGCUCAGUGGAAAGAGCUCGGGCUUGGGACUCGGAGAUCAUGGGUUCGAAUCCCCGC